AUGCCCUCAUUUGUGAUUAGGACCCCUUGCUCCUCGGCCAACAUUGGCCCCGGAUUCGAUGUAAUCGGCCUGGCAUUGUCCCUCCACCUCGAAAUCCAUGUCACCGUCGAUGACUCCAAAUCCUCGUCCGAGCUCCCCUUGAAUUGCCAAAUCACCUAUGAGGACCUAAGCAAGAGCACCGAGCAGAUCAGUUUGGACCCUGAGGUCAACCUGAUUACCCGGGUGGCCCUCUAUGUCCUACGAUGCCACAAUCAGCGCGCUUUUCCCGUGGAGACCAAGGUACACAUCUCCAACCCCAUCCCACUAGGUCGGGGUUUGGGAUCGUCGGGUACCGCAGUUGUGGCUGGAGUGAUGCUGGGUAAUGCAGUUGGCAACCUAGGCUUGAGCAAGGAGCGAUUACUCGAUUACUGUUUGAUGAUUGAACGACACCCGGACAACGUUGCUGCGUCGCUAUUCGGAGGAUUUGUGGGAACCUAUCUGAAUGAACUCAAGCCGGAAGACGUCGCGCGGAAAGAAAUCCCGUUGAGUGAGGUCCUGCCAGCCCCUGCUGGCGGUGUCGAUACUGGAGUCCAGCCCCCAGAGCCCCCGCUGGGCAUUGGUCACUACCGAAAGUUUGACUGGGCCCCGGAGAUCAAGGCCAUUGCCAUCAUCCCGGACUUUGUUGUCCCCACCGCCAAUGCUCGCAACGUCCUUCCUCAAACGUACAGCCGCGCCGAUGUGGUUUUCAAUCUGCAACGUGCGGCACUUUUGCCCGCCGCCCUGGGUACCUCUCCGCCGGACCCCGAUAUGAUCUUCCUCGCCAUGCAGGACAGAGUGCACCAACCGUACCGCAAGACUCUUAUCCCUGGUCUGACCGAGAUCCUCCAGUUCAUGACUCCGGCAACGCAGCCUGGUCUUUUAGGUAUCUGUCUGUCCGGUGCCGGACCAACCAUCCUGGCCCUGGCGACCGAUCGUUUUGAUGAAAUUGCAGACCGCAUUAUCGCACAGUUCGCCUCCAACAACAUUACCUGCCAAUGGAAGUUGCUGGAGCCCGCUCAGGCGGGUACCACUGUGACCUAUAUUUAA